ACUGACCAAUCACCUCUAAUCCCCGAAUCUCCCAGAGAAACAAAGAAAAGAAGAAAAUGGCUGUGGCCAACAAUGUGCUUUGCAUUUUCUUCAUUAUCUCCUUAACAUGUAUGGUUCAAGCUCGAAUCCCAGGGGUUUACUCUGCUGGUGCAUGGCAAAGUGCCCACGCCACCUUCUACGGAGGCUCCGAUGCUUCCGGCACCAUGGGGGGAGCGUGUGGGUAUGGAAACCUGUACAGCCAGGGUUAUGGUGUGAACACGGCGGCAUUGAGCACGGCGCUCUUCAACAGCGGGCUUAGCUGCGGUGCGUGUUUUGAGAUAAAGUGCGCAAACGACAGGCAGUGGUGCCACUCCGGCAGUCCUUCCAUCUUCAUCACCGCCACCAACUUUUGCCCUCCCAACUUCGCUCUUCCUAACGACAAUGGCGGCUGGUGCAACCCUCCUCGCCCUCACUUCGACCUCGCCAUGCCCAUGUUCCUUAAAAUCGCCGAAUACCGCGCCGGAAUCGUCCCCGUUGCCUAUCGCCGGGUGCCAUGCAGAAAGCACGGAGGGAUAAGGUUCACGAUAAACGGAUUCCGUUACUUCAACCUGGUGCUGAUUAGCAACGUAGCGGGUGCGGGUGAUAUCGUGCGCACGUACGUGAAGGGCACCCGAACCGGGUGGAUGCCAAUGAGCCGUAACUGGGGUCAGAACUGGCAGUCAAACGCGGUUUUGGUGGGCCAGGCCCUGUCCUUCCGUGUCACCGGCAGCGACCGCCGCACCUCAACCUCGUGGAACAUCGCUCCACCCAAUUGGCAAUUCGGUCAAACUUUCACCGGAAAGAAUUUCCGUGUCUGAAAAAACCCUAAUCAUAAUCACCACCCAUGUCAUCAACAUCAAUGACAUGCUUAUGUAUAUUUUUUUAUUGUAAUCCUUUUUUUUUCAAGGUUCCCGCCUUUUAAUUACUUAUUCCUAGAUGGUCGUUUGACUGGAUAGUGAGUGACAACUUCUUAAUUGUGACUUUAGAUGUUGUUGGGUUUUAGUGUUUUUUUUUUCUUUUCUGAUUGGGUGGGUUUUAUAAUUAUAGUUGGGGUGCGUGAAGUUGUAUUUUAAUUUGUACCGUAGACCAAAGGGGCGUAAUAGGAAUGGAAAAGGCGAAAGGGAGAGCGAAAGGAUGAGAGAAAGUGUUGUAGGUAACGCUGAAGUGGCUUAAGCAAAAUGGUAGCCCGCAGCUAAUUUGCGCUUUUUAUUAUAGAAUCAUGGUGUUAUAUAUAUUAUUAAUGGUAUAAAUUUGUUCUAUGAAUUUAACUGCA